UCGUUGCGCUCUUUGUUGUCCCUCAUCUUUAUACUUCUUACUUGUUCUAUCUCCAUACAUCAAUCCCUCUGUCUCUUUUCCCAGGCACCUACAGCCAAUCAGCAGCCAUUCAACUAAGGGGAGUCCCGAGUGGGGAAGACCGCCAUGCAGAGGGGCUACUCCUCAACCAGCUUAGCGCUACCACCCCAACAAAUCACCCACGGACUCACGGGAAACUCAUGGAACUGGAGCACCAACGAGGGCAACCCAAUUCUGACCCUGUGACGAACCCAAGCAAGAAAGGGGUUGAGGGUCCGGAGGGUGCUGAUGUAAUCAGGGUUUGGCCGGGUAUCAGCAAGGUAGCAGGACAGGGCGGUGGGAGUGGGGUCCAAAGCUACUACAGGCCAACUCGUAGGGGUUCCCCAAGACCGAGCACCCACGAUCACUUUGACAUCAAUGAGCACCUCCCCUGGAUGAUAGUGCUGCUGCUCCUGCUGGUGCUGGUGGUGAUCGUGAUCUGCAGUGUGAAGCGGAGCUCUCGUGUGCUGAAGAAGGGGCCGGUGCAGGACCCCAGCAGCAUCAUCGAGAAGGCAAUCCAGAAGAAACCAUCGGCGCCUCAAUCGCAGGUCAAAGAGAAGUGGAUCUACUACUCCAACGGACAGGGUGCAUAACUUUGGAUUUCGUCACUUCUAUCCAUCUUUCUUUGGCUGAUUUUCUGUCCGUUUUUUCAUUCUUUCUCUAACUUUCCUAUCUCCUGUGAAUACAUCAUCCUUUAUUUGCCUUUAUUUGGCUUUAUAGUAUCUCCAGCUUCCUCUUCCCCCUUUCCCACAUGGUUCCCAUGCUUGCAUGAAAUCCUUUAAAACAC